UUUACUCCAUGCAUAAGGUGGCGAUACUAACUCAGCCUCGGCUUACGCUGGUCCGCUUUUUAUUUGAAAAGAACAGCAGCGGAAGUAAGCAAAGCGCGAAAAUUAAAAAUAAGUUCGGUGAGGAAUAAAGCAGAACAAUGACGGACAACACCUUCCCAAUCAGCAAAGUGGAUGUUCUCGUACAGUUUUUUCGUAACGAGGUCUUCACUUUUCAGGAGGCAAAACAGUUUAGUAAAAAUGACAUAACUCCGACCCCUAAGCCGGAUGCAAUUCAGAAACUCUACAUGAGAAUCUUACAGCUCCUGUAUCCUAUCAGGCCAGAAUGUCAUUACAUGAUGCCUGAGAAUGUCUCCAUGGCGCAGGAGUGGGUCAUCCCCCUUUAUCUACGCAUGUGUCAGUUUUUGCCAGUGUGUCAUAUAUAUGACUUUCAAUUUAAUGAUCUGCUUAAUCCAAAAGCCAAACGGACCAUCACCAUUUUGAGUGGCAUUAUGAACUUCCUUCAUUUCAGAAAACUCAGACUAGAGAUGAUCUCAGAGAACCAGCAGUCAUUUAGAGCUUUCACAGACAAAUUGCAAGCUUACACCAGGGGUGUGAAGGAGGCGGAGAGGCAGAUCGAGAAGCUAACGACCAUCCCCCCAGAGCAGCAGGCCGAGGCCAAGGAGCUGGCCGCAGCCCUGUCUGAGCUGCAGAACACCACUGCACACCAGUACCAGGAAAUGAACACAUUGAAUGAGCAGAUUGCUGAGUGGAAAACGGAAAUUGCUGAAAGGUCCCAGAAACUGGCCCAGAAGAAGGUGGAUGUGGCCACUUUGAAGGAGGACAUUGCCAAGCUCAAGUCUCAGAUUGUGGAGUCUCCUGAGGAGCUGAAAAACGAAAUGGAGAGAAUGAAGGAGAACGUGAAGAACAUCAAGCUUUCUAAAGAGCGUGCGGACGAGCGGCUGGUGGAGCUGCAGAUCAGUGUGCAGGGAGUGACCCAGAUCGAGACGGAGAUCCAGCUCCUCUACAAGCUGCUGCAGGACCUCCAGAGCGGCAUGGAUAAGAUGAAGAUUCAGCUGGACGAGGCCCAGGCUGUGGUGACUCUCAAGGAGAAGCUGGAGAAGGAGCUGAAGAAGCUGGUGGCAGAGGAGAGCCAGGGAAAGAGAGCCCUGGGGAUGAAAACCGACAAAAUGUCCAAGCAGCAGAUCCGCCGGCAGAGGGCGAGGGAGAUGAGGGAGCAGCAUCAGCAGAGCUGCAUCGGUCAAUAUGACCAGGUGCACCAGAAAAGAGAGGAGAUUGUGGAGCAGAUACAGGAAAUCAGCAGGGAAACUCAGCAGAGCAAAGCAAAGAUUCAGGGACUGAGGGAUGUCUGCAGCCAGGAAACCGACAAGGCACAGGCCCUGUAUGACCGCCUGCUGGCUACUCUGGACCAGUUCCACGAGCGAAUCGAGAACCACGCUGUUCAGGGGAGCGAAUACAUCAUGAAAAUGAAAACACAUUAUUAGUCUGUACUUCUCUCCUUCACACCUUUCCUGUCUUGCUCCUUUCUGUCACUUUGAGUAUUUGUCUCCUGGACCUUGUAUACGUUUCUGUAUUUACUGUCUUUUAUCCUGUACAAAUGUCAAAUAAAACAUUUCAGAAAUUCAA